UUCCACAAUUGGUUUCGGCUCCAUUAUAUUUAGCAGUAGCAGAAUUUUAAGAUUUUCAGUAAUUUGAACCACCCGUUUGCAUGACAUAAAUGCAAAUACAAUCGCGUGAUAAUUACCGCUUUACACUUGACAAACUUGCUAUUAGUCUGAAGGUUUGUUUCAAUUCAAAGCGUGGUUUUCAUCCCACUGUAAGUAAAGAGCUCUAGCUUUCUGUUCAUUUUAAAGUUUAGAUUUUCAAUCUUUUAUUAACCAUCGAAAUGGAUUACCAUAAUAGUUUAUGAAGAUCAAUUGCCUCUAUAGCCUGUCUUUAUCUCCUUAAUGCAUGGAAUAUACUAAGUCAUUCCUACGUUUAUCCUUUGCUGUUGUUUGAACCCAUUAACGCUGAUGAAGCCCUACGGUAUUUAUUCCCAUCGCAAAUUAUGACAAUUGCAGGAGCCACGUUUGAGUUACAGUUGGGUUUUCCGGCCACCACAAACGGACUUCAAGAGGCCCUACCUAGCAGGGACAAUAACAGCUUGUAAAGUUUACUGAAUACAACUGUAAGUAAUUGUUACUGAUUGUGCGAAAUGAUGUUUAAUGUAAAAUGGUAUGUUUUGUUCUUGGAAUGGUUGGAAAGAAAUUAACAGUAGCAAACUCCAGGUGCAAAGAAUUUUAAACGGCUCACUGGUUUUAAACUGAACGUCAUGCAGAUUGAAUAAAAAGAAAAAUCCAAACCAGUUUAUUUCAAUUCCGAUGAUAGAUACGAUAGAUUACCAAUCUGUGUUGCAAAAUACAUCUGGCCAAACAUAUAAUCCGCGAUACCAACAUCACUUUGAACUUAAUCCGGUAAGUUAUGUCAUCUUACAAUCGCAGUAAUCUUCAUCGGCCAAGUGCAUUGAUGCGCAGCAUUAAUUUUUCUUUUCUUUUGCAAUUGCUACAAGCAAGACAUUUUAACAGUUCUGUGUGUUAGUGACUUGUACUCUGACAUUUUUUUAAUGAGGUCUGUGGUGCUCUCAUAAAUGAGAAAACAAAUUUGUGUUCUACUCAACUUCUUUCAACAGUUAUCACAAAGUUUAUCUAGCUGGUUUUAGUGAAACGAUUUUGAACAAUGUUUCAAAAUAUAUAUCGUGGUCUGUCUUCACCCUUCGAGAAUCAAACUUGGUCAGAUGACACAAUCUCAGCGUGAUCUUAUAUAUGUAUAUUGAGGUGUCAGUUUAUCGAUUGGGUAUUAAAACUCGCCCCAGUUUCCCACACAAUCUCGGAGUGGCCUAUUUGCCAUCUGUAUGAUCAAUAAUUGAGUUGCAUCCUCACUAUUGAAGAACGGGAACACGCUGUCUUUGACGAAUAGCAACAAGCACACUGACACAAUUCUAACUAGCCGUGGUGACUGUUGACACAUAAAUUUGUAGGAUGUCGAUAGAAUGAUAGCUCUAUAACUAAUAAAAGCCUAGCUUAUUUAGAGAAAUGGGUUUUCUUUGUAUCUGUGUGGUACAGAGAAACAGCAAUAUUAAAACCAAUUCAUAUGUUCCGUUUUUCAGUUGACCAUCUUUCGAGAGCCACUAGUUUUCUGAGCCUAUCAGUAUGUUCUGCAUGUUUUCAUUUACAAUUUUCCUGUUUAAUACAGUUCGUCUGAGAAGAGUGUUUAGAGAGACUCAUCUGAUAGUCUUAAACUUAAAGCAAAUAUUGUGCUAGAUAAACUUUGUUUAUCGUAGUUUAAAAUUCCGGCGUUAUCUCUGCGGUAGGAAAUUAUGUUAUCCGAGUUAUGUAUAGAGUUACUGUACUAAUGCGUGUUUCACUGAUCCCGAGCCAAACAUGUCGGUACUAAUUAGUUUUUGUUUUGAGUGUAAACCAAUUUCGGGGAAUUUGGAGGGCAUUUGCAUGGUUUAAUAAAGCCCAUUGUUUCAUCCCCAAAAUUUUGUGGUAUUUUAAGUGCUAGAUAAACUUUGUUUAUCGUAGUUUAAAAUUCCGGCGUUAUCUCUUCGGUAGGAAAUUAUGUUAUCCGAGUUAUGUAUAGAGUUACUGUACUAAUGCGUGUUUCACUGAUCCCGAGUGUCAGUUUCAUUUAGCGAGCAUUUGCGAAAAAUUGGAGCUGUAAGUUUUAGCUAUCCUCCCCCGAGGGCAUUUGCAUGGUUUAAUAAAGCCCAUUGUUUUAUCCCCAAAAUUGUGUGGUAUUUUAAAAGAGCAUCUCGACUACGAAAUAAAGCAUUUAUACCGAUAUAAUUGGGAUAGUACUGUUUAUCUCUUAUUUGGGUUAAUCAGACUACAAGAAGAAAAUUGAGAAGAAAAACAAUUCCAAUGUUUCGGUAUUUUUAAACGCCUUUUUGGAUGACGUAAAUGCAAAAUACAGUCGCGUGACAAUUGACAAACUUGCCUUUGGUCUGAAGCAUGGAAGCUUUGUUUCAAGUCAAGGCCUGUUUUUUUAUCUCACUGAUAAAUAAAUAGUCUAACCCCCUGUUUAAUUAGUUCGUUUGAGAGCAAAUUGGAGUCUGAUGUGAUGAUAAUUCAGCAAUUUUGUGAGAAA